AUCAUAUCCGUCUGCAACCUCAUACCCCUCUACAUACACCGCGACCAACCCACACUCGUUUAACAACACACUCUAUCAUCAUCAAUAUGCGCGCUUCUACUCUCGUCCUUGUCCUUUCCGCUCUCGCCGCUAGCGUUACCUCGGCCCAUCCUAUCACUGGAAGCAACGAUGGUGGCGAUGCUUACAGUGGUGCCGCAGGUCCCGCUCGUGGUGGAGACAUCGAUUACACCGAAGGGAAGCCCAUGGGCAACGACAACGGACUUUUCUUCAACUACAAGGGAGGCAAGACCGUUGUUACCGGCAACGGUGGCAUGACCUCUUCCGGUAACGCUCAAGGCGCUGAAGGCGGUCUCCAGUGGAAACGUCAGCAAGACAAGAUCGAAGUCGGGCUCGACUACACCAACGGCUUGCUCGGAGACGUCCUCCGUCGAGACGUCGAUCACGAGAAGCGUCUUCUCGAUGGCGGCUCCGAGAUCCAUCGCCAGGGCAACACCUACAACAGUAACGGUCAGAACAACGGCGGUCUCUUGGGCGGCAUCCUCACUCGAGCUGAACACGAAGACGAAGCUCACGCCAAGCGACUCCUCGAUGGAGGCUCCGAGAUCAGCUACGUCGACUGUACCCGAAACGGCAUGGGCGGCAACGGUAUGCAGAAACGCUUGCUCGACGGCGGUUCCGAGAUUACCCGAUGCAGCAACCAAGGUCUGCUCGGCAACAUCCUCUCUCGGGACACUCACGACAACGACAAGCGUUUGCUCGACGGCGGAUCCGAGCUCAGCAGCACCGGUAACCCCGGACUCCUCAGCAGCAUCCUCGGUCGCGACGUCGAAGAGAAGCGACUUCUCGACUUCUCUAUUCCUCAACGUCAACCCGAAUACGAUGAGAGGCCUCCUCAAGGACCUAGGAAGCGACUCCUAGAUUUCGCCAUCCCUCAGCGUCGACCCGAACGACCCGAAUAUGAGCAACCCGAGGCCGCCGAGGUCCCCGAAAAGCGACUUCUCGAUUUCGCCAUUCCUCAACGUCGACCCGAAGGACCCGAAAAGCGUCUUCUCGAUUUCUCCAUCCCCCAAAGGCAGCCGGAGUACAACCAGCAGGGAUAUCAGAAGCGCCUCCUCGACUUCGGGUCCUACGGUGGCUUGGAGUCCACUAACGGCGAUGGCGGUCUCCUCGGAUUGAAGCGAUCGGCCGACGAUGCCAUGGACAAGCGUCUCGUCGGACUCGGCGCCGACCUCGACGAUACUCUUCCUCUGGGAGACCUCGGACUUAAGAAGAGGCUGAGCGGACUUGGUCAGCUUCUCGGCAGCAAGGGGCAGGGAGGUACCUUCGGAACCGGUACCGGGCGCACCAACUUGACUACCGGGAACGGAGGCAAGAGCUCGACUGGCAACGCUACUGGAGGACCCGGAGGUAUCGGUGGCGGCAACGGUGGAGAUGCCUAUUCCGGAGCUUCGGGUGACGCCAGCGCGGGUUCGAUCAGGUUGAACCGACGACAGGAGUCUGGCGAGGCGGACGCGGAAGCCGAAGAGCCCAAGGAGCUUACUCCGAUGGACAAGGGUAUCAGUGCCGCUGGUAUCGCCGCCAACAGUCCCUUUGGCAAGGCUGCCCAUCUCGACAAGCUCGCCGGUGCUGCAGCUCCCGCUUUGCCCUUGUUCCAGAAGAACUAG